UGCCAUAAAAUUAGAUUUUGUUCUGUUUUCCUUUCAUGAAUUUUUAUUUUUACAGAUGAACACAAAAAUCCAAUUCGUGUUCAUCCAAAAUGCAAAAACGCGUGUUUAUCUGUGUGACAACAAAUUGAACAAACAUUUUACAAAGUGAUCACUGCAGACACGAGCAUGGUCCGAUUGUUUUCCACAAGGUGAUGAAAGUGAUAUUCCUUUUACAAAGUGAUCACUGCAGACACGAGCAAGGUCCGAUUGUUUUCCGCAAGAUGAUGAAAGUGAUAUUCAUUUUACAAAGUGAUCACUGCAGACACAAGCAAGGUCCGAUUGUUUUCCACAAGAUGAUGAAAGUGAUACUUUUAAGAGUAAUUUCCUUUUUUCACUCCAUGGAAGCUCUUUUCUAUCUCUCUAUUUGAACGACUAGAAGACCCAGGAACGGAGCAGUAAUACGACAUUUUCUGCUCAAACUCUACACUCACUCUCACAAGCUGCUUGACCAUCGUGUCGAUUAAGCCGCCGAGAAGAAAAACGGAUGGGACGUCAUAUGCAACCAUCCUAUAAAAUCAAUUUCCUUCUUUUCCACCAAUCCUAUUAGUACCGUAUUUUUCGGACUAUAAGGCGCACUCAAAAUCCUUUCAUUUCCUCACAACUCGACUGUGCGCCGUAUAACCCGGUGCGCCUAAUGUACGGACUCAUUUUGAUUGUGCUUACUGACCUCGAAGCUAUUUUAUUUGGUACAUGGUGAAAUGAUAAGUUUGACCAGUAGAUGGCAGUAACACAUAAGAUGUACGUGCAGACUGCACUAUGACUCAAGUAAACAUCACAAAAAUGGUAUAUGUUUCAUAUAAGAGAAUAUAGAAUACCGGUAUUAUACACGGCGCUCAAAAAUGUAUCAAAAUGUUUUAGUCGGGCUUUGGUAAGCUAUGAAGCCACACCGCUUGAUGGAUUGUACAUUGCUUCAACGUAGGAGUAUUAUUAUGGUGUGUGUAUAAGAUCGCAAGUUAGUGAUAGAGAGAAGAUUCUGAUGGCCUCCAGUGAUGGGGCGCCUUCCGCCCACAGCGAUGGCGCCAAGGACGCGGAUACGUCCACGUCGAACACGUCCGGCCGGGAAGAAAAAGGAGAACAGUCGCAGAAAAAAGCAUCUUCGAAGAGAAAGUCAAAAGUGCCUCGAAAGGUUAAAAGACAGAAAAGGGCGAAUUGUUUUCCCAACUACACUGUCCAGGAGGGUGAGGACAUGCUCUUCGUGAUAUCCAACAACACCUCUGAGUAUUUUGGCUCUGCCUGGGACUCCGAGAACAAAAGCAAAAAGAGAAACAAGCCAAAAAGUCCUUUGAAAGACGAGACAUCUGAGUUUGUGCCAAAGGCCCCGAGUGACCACCGAUGGGGUCAAAGUCUUCCCGAGGAGGUGCUGAUCAAUAUUUUUAAGAUGGUGGUCGCCCAAGAUGGCGCCGUGCCAUUUCUGUGCAGGGCGGGGAGAGUCUGUCGCCUGUGGAACGUCGCCGCCUCCGGCCCGGGCCUAUGGCAAAAGGUCUCGGUCGGUCACUGCUGGAUCGCGCCGAGGGUCUCCCGGUCUCCGAAAACCGAGAACGCAAUCAAAAACACCAUGGACUGGCUGGCGCAGAACAGAUUCUCACAACUACGAGAGUUCUCCCUCCACCACUGGACGAUGACUGUCGACUACGCAGUAGACGUGGUGUCCAAGUUCUGCCCGCACCUUGGCGCCCUCACACUCUCCCACUGCUCGGGCCUGACCAAGGAGGCCUUCCAGAGCCUCGGCCUGCACAGCCGCUCCCUGCGGAGCUUAAACCUCCAGCACACAGAGUUUCAGGUCGAGGGUCUGCUGAGCUACCUGGAGAGCCACGGGGGUCAGAUCAGAGAGAUUUGGUUCACUCGCGGUCUGAGAUACGACCGACUGCUGCCUGCUAUCUCUAGGGGAUGCUGUCCUGGUCUGGAGCUGUUGGAGAUCAACACAAAGCUGGACAGCAAAGAUGGCGAGCUUCCCAUUUGCAUCCAGGCGCUGCAAGCGGCAUGCCCCGGCCUUAAGAUUUUCCGGAUGCUGAACAUCCGACCUCUGCACAAGACCAUGCGUACCAGCGCCGAAGUCUCAUUGGGCUUCCCUUUACUGGAGGAGCUCUGUAUCGCCACCACGUCGUACUCCUACUUGAACGACAAAGACUUGUGGGAAAUUCUGUUUGGCUCCCCACGGCUUCGGGUGCUGGAUCUGCGGGGCUGCUGGCGAAUCACCCCGGCCGGUCUCGCCGCGUUACCCUGCGACGAGCUGGAGUGUCUGUUCUGGGGACAAUAUUUCAGCAGCCACGCCGGCUCGUCCUUGCUGAAGAAAGGCCUCCACAUGGUAACGCAGAAGUGGAACCAGACGCUGCAAGAGCUGGACGUGGCCAAUCAGCUUUUCUCGAAAGAGGACCUGGAAGCUGCCGUGUGCCACCUUGCUCAGGCCCCCGAUGCCGGCACUCUGCGUUCGCUCAACCUGAGCGGGACCAGGAUCUCGCCGGCUGCCAUCAGACUGCUCAUCGACCAAACGACGGCACUCAAAUACCUCAAUCUGUCUUCCUGCCGAUAUUUUCCAAGAGGGUUGAAGAGAAUUUACCGUGGACAAGAGGAUAUUCGACAGUUGCUUGACAAGUUGGAGUAGAGUUAAGAAAGUGAUGAAAGAAUAGUUCCAGAUGAAAUUGUUUGUAUUGUUAUUGAAAAGUUGAAAUAAAUGUCUAACAUUCUC